AUGUCUCGCGCCGAUGAUGAACGACCCCAAAUACAGGCCGUCUCGCCACCAGAUGCCAUCCACCAGCGACCAUCACCGCUAGCUGAAGACUUCAGCAAAGAAAUCGAACAGAAAUUCGAAAAUAUCGACGGCCAAUCUAUACGUUCUGUGCAUACACAAUCCACCACUCGACAAUCCCAGGAUGUGGAAAUUCAGACCGACGCCCUCCACCGGACGGUUACUCCAAAACAGCCUACGGUCAAGGUCCCUCGGGCCAGACGACGAGGAUUGUUCUCCCGUUUUGCUUUGGUCGCCGAAGUCACCAAUCCAUAUGAUUACCCAAACAACGUGAAAUGGUUCAUCACGUUUAUCGUGGCUAUCGCAGGCGCUGCUGCUCCAGUUGGGAGCGCCAUCAUCUUCCCAACCCUUGACCAGGUAUCCUCCGAUCUCAAUACUACACCCACCACGACCAACCUAGCUGUCGCUUUGUACAUGCUAAGCAUGGCUAUAUUUCCGUUAUGGUGGUCCGCUUUCUCCGAGACGUCCGGUCGACGAAGUAUUUACCUCACCUCAUUUGCAUUGUUUAUAGUGUUUUCUGUUCUGAGCGCUGUUGCUCAUUCCAUAUCCAUGCUCAUCGUUGUACGACUACUUGCUGGCGGCGCUGCAGCUUCUGUCCAAGCCGUGGGCGCCGGAACUAUCGCGGACAUCUGGCUCAGUGAGGAGAGGGGUCGAGCGAUGGGAAUCUUCUAUCUCGGACCUUUAUGUGGUCCUUUUCUGGCUCCGAUCCUGGGUGGUAUCCUCGGACAGCAUUGGAACUGGAGGGCCACUCAAUGGGCUCUGGUGAUUUACGGAGUCCUAACCUGGGUGUUGGUCUUCUUUGCUUUGCCAGAGACUCUGCCGGAGACUAAAAGUGUUGUCGAAAUCGCAGAGGCGGACAAUGCCUCGUCGUUGCAGGGCGGUUCCAGGCCUCCGUUGAGCAGAACCUCCACUAGAGAAGUGGCCCAACAAAAGUCCAAGAAAUAUCUAAAGGCCGCCCGAAUUAUGUUUUUAGAUCCACUGAGGGUUAUCAUGUACCUCAGGUUCAUGCCUGUUCUAUUGACGGUGUACUAUUCUGCAGUGACAUUUGGCUCACUCUAUGUCUUGAACGUCAGCAUACAGUACACAUUCGAAAGGGAACCGUAUGCGUAUCAAACCAUUAUCAUUGGCCUCCUGUACAUACCAAAUUCGCUCGGGUACCUCCUUGCCAGCCUCCUUGGAGGCCGAUGGAUGGACAAUAUCAUGAAGCGAGAGGCAUUGAAGGCCAACCGUAUUGAUGAACGAGGCAAACUGAUCUAUCAUCCAGAGGAUCGCAUGCGAGAGAACGCGUGGCUUGGUGCCUGUCUGUACCCAGCAGCGUUCAUCUGGUAUGGAUGGACAGUAGAAAAGGGAGUGUUCUGGAUUGUACCUAUGAUUGCGAAUUUCUUCUACGGGGUUGGUUCAAUGCUUAUUUUUGCAAUGGCCACCACGAUGCUUACCGAGUUCAUGCCUGGAAGGUCUUCAUCCGGGGUGGCUUUGAAUAAUCUAUGUCGAAACAUCUUGUCGUGUAUUGGUGGCAUUGUUGGAGCACCAUUAAUCGCUUCAAUUGGCAACGGUUGGCUUUUUACUAUUCUUGGAAUUUGGACAUUUUCCAGCGCGUCGGUCAUUUGGGCUAUGAAGCGUUUCGGGCCGCAGUGGCGAGAAAAGAUGGACCGAGAUCUUUGCUGA